AUGGAGUUGAAAAAUAAGCACGUCUUGAGGCAUUUUGUUGUGAUUAAAGUUUUGGGUAAUAAUGUGCCAUUCCCUGUGUGUAGUAUGGAAUUGAGGAAACAGUAUAGCAAGUAUGGAGGAUUCCACAUAACGUCAAUUGGCAUGAAUUGGAUCCUUUGUUUGUUCAGGACGGAGGAGGCCGUGGAGGAAAUUCUCAAUGGUGGACCGUGGUUUGUUGGUGGCUACAUUGUUGGAAUGGAUCGAUGGACUUCUGCAUUUGAUCCUUACUCCUUCAAGGGGAUCUCUGCUCCCAUUUGGAUCCGAUUCCCCUGUUUACCACUAUACUGCUGGGAUGAAGAUAACAUAGCGAGAAUAACAUCUCAAUUUGGGAUGCCGAUGUACAUAGAUGGGAAUACCUUUCGACGAGGGAAGCGGGAAUUUGCUCGUGUAUGUGUCAAAAUUGAUCUAGAGAAGAAGCUAUCGAACGGAGUUUGGAUAGAGGGAUCAGUUGGCAGAUUUUUUCAACGGGUGGAGUGUGAGAAGGUGGAUAUGUUUUGCUAUCAUUGUGGUCGUGUAGGACAUUAUAAGGCUGAAUGCCCUGAGGAGGUUGUUCAGGGGAUUACAGAUCAGGCCAUUAAUCCUGUGGCAGAUGAAUUUAGGAAGAUAAUUCCCGAAGCCAAUCCUGGUGUGAUCAAGUCAGAAUAUGGCCCAUGGAUACUUGUACAAUUCAAAACCAAAUGCUUUGUUAAGGAAAAUGGUGGUGGUGGACGUAUGAAUGAACGUAAGAAUAACAGGAUGGAGAAUAUGGGGAUUAACUUUGUGCAGAAAGUAAUCCCAGCUGAGAUGAAGAAUGUGGAUACUAAGAAGGCAGUGGAUGGGCAGCAGAAAACUGUAAAAGAAAAUAUGCAGUCGAUUGUUGUUAGUAGCAGAUUUGAUGUCCUGCUUAAUGAUAUUGGAGAAGAACCCGUGAAUAACAAUGAGGAGGCUGAUAAGUCGAAGGACUUGCUUACUCACUAG